UGCUCAGUCCUUUUUCCCCUGCCAAAACCCCGGCCUUAGAAAGGCCUCGUCGGCCCUCGGCCCGCGCUUGGAGAGCUGAACCAAGACGCCGACCGCCAUGGAUGAAAACGGCUCGGUGGAGCGAUUGCAGGAGAUCGUCCAGGCUGUCAAGGCCAAGGGCCCGCUGAUCCAGUGCCUGACCAACUAUGUUUCCAUGGACUUCAUGGCCAAUGGCCUUUUGGCGCUGGGCGCACACCCGGCGAUGGUCCAUUCCGUGGAGGAGCUCGACGUGGCGAUUAGCAAAGUGAAGGCCGCGGAGGGGGCAGUCUCCAUCAACAUUGGCACUCUGGACUCCCAUUGGAUUGAGUCCUUCAAGUGUGCCGUGAAGGCGUGCAACGAGCACCAAGUGCCGUGGGUCUUGGACCCGGUCGCUGCUGGCUUCACUCCACUCAGGACCUCCGUGGCGACUGAGCUCUUGGAGAUGGGAGGGUGUGCAGUGCUUCGAGGGAAUGCCAGCGAGAUCAUUUCCCUCAGUGGCGCUGAGGGCGCUGCGAAGGGCGUCGAUUCCACCAAAGGAUCUGAGGGCGCCGUGAAAGCUGCUAAGACCCUCGCGGCGAAGUACCGAUGUGUGGUGGGCAUUUCUGGAGCCAUGGACUACGUCAUCACUCCGGAGGGCAAGCAAUUCAGCUGUGAGCACGGCAUCCCGAUGCUUCAGAAGAUCACAGCUGCUGGCUGCCUUGUCAGCUCCAUCAUCGCCGCCUUCGUGGCCGCCGGGCGGCCGAGUGGCUUCACCGACGCCGAGGCGGCGCUCUACGCGUUCACCUACUUCGGCAUCUGCUCGGAGGCUGCGUCGCAGAACAGUCAUGGACCUGGCAGCUUGCGAGCCAACUUGCUCGACCAGCUCCACAGUUUUGAUCUGGAUCAACUGAGCAGCGAUGACUAGUCGCGUCACUUGGGGGCGCGCCAUUUUGAGCGUCACUCGAUCCUGCCUGACCUGAAAAACCACCGAC